UCUAAAGUUCAAUUCGACCUUCUUAAAUUAUUUUAUUUUAUCAUCGAUCGAUCAACAACGAUUAUGGAUUAUAAUUUUUCAAUAUUUAUUAUUAUAGUUAUUGUUUCUUGUUGGGCAUCACCAUCGUUACUUGAAGCCAAUAAUGAUCAAUCAUCAUCCGCAUCAACAAUUUAUCAACCAACUAAACAAGAAAUUGAUCGAUUUCAUUUAAUCCAAGAACAAAUUCGUCAUCAUCAACAAGAAGAACAACGUGAACGUGAAAGAAAAAAACAUUUUGAACAACAAGAAAUGGAUCGUCGUCGAUUAGAACAACAACAAAUUCAACCAAGACAUCCAGCUGAAUCACUUUUGAUACCACAUUCAGCAUUGGUGCCAAUGUUUAUGCAGCGGCAACAAAUUUAUAGUGAUCAUCGUGUACCGAUGCCACCACAGCCACCACCACCUUAUCUACAACAAUUUGGUGGAUUCAGUGGUGGUGGAUAUUUGCCACAAUCAAUGGCACCACCACCACCAAAUUAUCAUCCACAAAUGAUACCCGAACCGCAAAUGAAUCAAUUUGGACAGAAUAUUCUACCAUAUAAUAAUGAUGUUGAAAAUCGAAAUUCUCGUAUUCAGAUGAUGAAUCAUCAUCAACAACAGCAACAUAAUCGAAAACAAUUUGACAAAAAUGUUGAUAAUCGACCAGAAGAUGAAAAUGAUUUUGAAAAAAUUGAUAGAUAUCAUGGAAAAGUAUCAUCAGAAACAAUGGAUACAACAGAUAUGAUGAGUGAAUCACCAUCAAGAUUUGAUAAGAAUCGUCAUCAUCACCAUAAUUCGAUAGAUGUUACAAAUCGUUAUCGUUGUUAUUCAUGCCAAUGGAAUAUUGCACAUUGUUCGGAUUUUAAUUGUUAUAAUAAUCCGGAUAUUUGUACAACAAAUAAUUUCGUACCAAAUAUGGUACAACAAGCUGAUUGUCCAGGUGGUUGUGAACAAUUUGUCAUAACCGAUCCAAAUGGUUUAACACAACAAUGGAAACGUGGUUGUGCACAACCGGGCAGUUUUCCAAUCGUCCGUAUGCGUUGUAAUACUUAUUAUGAAUUUGGUGUACGUAUUGAUCGUUGUGUUUGUAAUAAUGAUUGGUGUAAUCGAUCAUCCACAAAAAUAAUCAUUAAUAAAUCAAUCAUUUUGUUUAUAAUGGCAAUCAUCAUCAUU